GAUUUACGGUGAGUAUAGAAACCAGUGACAGGAAGAAACGAAAGUGAAAAUGUGAACAUAUUAUUCGAAUCCGAAUGCAAGAUAUCGUGGUGGCUCUCGUCAUUUAGUUAAUCAUAAAAUUAAUAUUUGUUACCUUGGAACAUUUUGUAUAGACUACGGCGUAGUCCUACAUCAUUAUCUUGUGCGCCGRUCCGGAGUUAGUGGGCUUCUAAUGAUAAUAGGAACAGGUCUGCGAGCAGCGCUAAAAMUGCUAAAUUGAGACGACACAUGUCUAGGAUGUUUCCCGGGAUUGAACGGUUUAGGCACAAACGCACUUUAUUACUGGUUCCAGUUCUCGCCUACAUGGGCCUGCGCUGGAAGUCGUUCAUACCAAAUUGUUGGCCUUGGCUGGAACGCAUCUGGAGAUUUAUCAUGCCAAUUUAUCCUAGUCCGAAUUCCCUUCCCAGAGAUGAAGUGGAGAGUCAAGAGUCUCAAGUAAGUGUAGUAUUGGAGCCUUCUGAUUCCCUUCCCAGAGAUGAAGUGGAGAGUCAAAAGUCUCUAGUAAGUGUAGUAGUGGAGCCUUCUGAUUCCCUUCCCAGAGAUGAAGUGGAGAGUCAAAAGUCUCUAGUAAGUGUAGUAGUGGAGCCUGAAUCCAUUCCCAGUGGAGAAGUGGAGGUUCCGGUUCUCAGGUCAUUUGAUAUUGAAGACACCGAUGAAUACUCCUGCAUGUACGACUCGACAUGGGAGGAUCAUCCAAACGAAGAAACAAGUAAAAGAAGGACCAAACAUUCAAACAAGUUUAACAGAUUCAGAAGUGCAGCAAGGGAUAUGCAGAAGUACAGGCAUGAUUAUCCAGGGCAAGGAUCAAAGUUGUACUUUGGCGGGCAACAAGAUGAAAUGCCUAAUUUACAGUUCUACCGUGGACAAAUACCCUCCUCCCCUGAUGGUGUCUUCAUUGAGGACUUUCACAAUAAAUGGCACAGGAAAUAUUCAAAACUGGAACAAGUUCACUCAUACAUCCAAUGGUUGUUCCCACUUCAAGAACCAGGAAUGAAUUAUCAAGCCAAGGAACUCACCAAGAAGGAAAUUGAGGCUUUCCUUAAAGAUGGCACAGCAAAGCAGAGGCUGGUCGCAUCCUACAAGCUCAUGCUGGACUUCUACGGCAUAGAGCUGUCAAAUGACAUAACAGGGGAAGUGAAACUUGCGAAUAACUGGCGUGAGAGAUUUGACAACUUGGAAAGAAACACACACAACAACCUGCGCAUCACCCGCAUUCUGAAGUGCCUGGGCACUCUGGGGUUCCGCCACUACCAGGCCCCACUGGUCCACUUCUUCCUAGAGCAGACUCUUGUCAAAGACAAGCUGUACAAUGUGAAGGAAAGUGCCCUCAACUACUUCAUCUUUGCUGUCAUUGAUAAGCAAGAGCGCAGGAAUUUAGUUAAGUAUGCCUACGCGCACUAUGAGCCCAAACAUGAGUUUGUGUGGUGCCCCAAGACAAUCCAGAGUAUAUUUAGGGAAGAGACAUUCCCAGAUUAUAAAAACUCAAUUGAUCUUAAACAGGUUAACAUUGACAACACMGCCAGUUAUCGGCAAAACGAUACUGCGCAAUCCAGUUAUGGAGCUUCUGAUAGAGGUAGCUCUAUAACUACCCCCAACCCUAGUCAACACCCCACCAUCGAUUCUCCGAAGCAAUCAGAUUAUCAACCUAGCAGUGAACAUCCAGAGGGAAAUACUAAUAAUUGGAGAAAGAGAGCUGCAGAUAAGCCAACAGAGCAUGAACUUCCCAAACGUAUCAACGUUUCAGAGGGAAUGACUAAUGUUGAUCAUGAUGAAAGAAAAAAUAAGGGAGCAGAUAGUGAACCAAGCAAUGAUGUUUCAGAGGGAAUGACUAACACCAAUGGUCAUGAGAGUACAGAUGAGCAACCAGAGAGAGACAGUGGAGAUUUUGAGGGAACCACAGACAGCAAAGGUGAUGGUGCUGGGGAGAAUAAGGGAGCUGCAAGUAAGCAUUGAGAGCGAACCAUGCCCUGACGUUUGAGGGCAAUAUUAGCACAUCCCGUGAGUUAAUUGAUACCAAAAGGAAAUAUUCAGUGUUUGACGUAAUGGUGACGAUUGAUUAGAGUAUUCAACCAUGUCAUGCACUAAUAAAGGAACAUUAUGUAUGCCAUCUAUUCUAAUCAUUUCCAUUUAUAUGAACAAAUGUUAGUGAAUCAAUUUAUUACUUCUGAUUACAUGUAUAAUAUAUCAGUGGGUUGUUAUCCACAUUUUUCAAAACAAUACCAAUGUUAUACUAUUGAUUACUGUUUUCAAACCAGCAAUGAUUAUAUUAGUGGUUUAUUUUGUAAUAGCAUAUUUUUAGUUUUGGGAAUUUGUUAUAUGGAGUUUUGGGUAAAUGUUCAGCUUUGAAUGACUAUGCUUGCCUCAGAAGGCAUUUCAAAAUACUUUCUACUGCUUAAAAUAUUGAAAAUAUCUUUAGUGCCUAACCAUGUAGCACCAGGGGUGCCUAAUGAUUUGUAUACAUUUGAUUUUAAUAAAAUAAUAGAUAAACAGA